UGACUUUUGAAAGUUUAAUACUAUUAUAUACUUUUUCUAGACUAGUUACUAAUGAUGCUUAUGAAUUUUUGGAUUUUUGGCUUUAUAUGCCAAUGUUUGAGUGCUGAUUUAACUCCUCAUGGACACUAUACCAGUGAAUAUCUCUUAAACAAUUAUAAAAAUGCUUGCGUUAAGGAAGCUAUUCAAAAUGUUUUGCCCGAGUGUUUGAAUGAAGGAAUAGAUUCACUAGACCCAAAUUUAAGAAAGAAACUGGCAAUAUCUUUAUCAAUUUGUGAAUUCCAAAGUUCGGGUGUAGAAAUUCCUGAAUCUUGUAACCCUUUAAAUAUCAACUACGAUGAAUGCAUGUCAGAUAUCAAGCUUUCUCCUCAAUUAUGGACUAGUUAUAGUGGAAAUUAUAGAGAAAUAGCAAAUAUUUGCUAUCAAGAAUCCCUUCCAUAUGAGAAAGAUCAAAUCCUACGUUUGUAUUCUAAUAUUACUGAAAUCAUCUAUAAAGCCUAUGAAGAUUAUAAGGUAUCUAAUGAAUAUAAUGAGCAGGCACAAUUGGAGCUCAAGAAGAAAUUUGAUGAACUAUUGGUAUCUUUAAACGAUUUAGUAAAAGAUUAUGAGAUUCAUCGUGAGGAAAUGAAAGGAGAAUUUGAAGUUUACAAAGUUGAAGUUAAAUCUAAUUUAGAAAGUACUUUGUCUGUUAUACUGGAGACAUACAAAGGUAUAAAUACAGAUUUCAAUGAAAUUUCAACAUAUAUAAGUUUCUUCACAUCUCAAAUAAAAGACAUGAAAGAGGAUUAUUUGGACUUAUUUGCUUCUGUAGAAAAUUAUAGUAACGAUAUACUUGAAAAUAUAGAAAACACAUCCAUCCUAUCUCAAAAGCUUACAUACCACAUGAUAGAUACUUUGAAUAAUUUAUUUGAUUUAUUAGAAGAAAAUCACGAAAGAGCCCAAGAUAUUUCUUUAUCCUUGAGUGAAAAUAAAGAGAUCCAAAACGAUCUUGAAAGGAAGAUUUAUCAGAACAAUUAUGAGUUGGUAUUACAAAAUGACUUAAUAAUUGGAGAAUUCAAUCGAAUGUUUUCUGAAUUAAUGACUACAUUCAAUCAAACUCUUGAAAUAGCACUUCAUAAUGGAGAAAUAGAAAUAGAAAUAUUUAUAAAUGAUACUAUAGGUUCCCUUAAUGGAAAAUUGAAUGAAACAGGGACCAGGUUGCAUGAAAUUACAUUUAAAAUAGAAAAUAUGAUAGAUAUUACUAAAAGUGUAACCUCUUAUGUUAUUGAAGGUUUUGAAUUCAUAAAGAAAUUUAAUUAUAGACUAUUUGAUUAUAGAACUGUGAUAUCUUCUUACAUUAGAAUUUUAUUAUCAAAUUCAUAUUCAUCGACACUUAUUGGAUUUUGUUUAGUAAAUUUAUUUGGUUUUAUUGCUAAAUAUUAUAAAAAUUUCGCAACCAAAACAAUAAUUACCUAUAAUAACAUUAAACUACUAAUACAAAUUUGCUUAACAGUGGCCUCAUUAAUAUGUGGUAUAUGUCUAGCAAUUAUUGUUUUCAGAAUAAUAGGAUUUCUAACAAGUUUAUAG